AUGUCUAAACGGAUGUCCGACGGUCACGAGAGACUCUCUGAGAGAGUGAGUAGAGCGCAGAUCUGCAACCUACCCUGCGAACUACGAGACACGGUCAUAGACCUACUGCAUACAGACCAUGGAUCUUUGAAAGCCUGCAGCUUGACAUGUCGGGCAUGGCUCCCACGCGCACGCUACCACCUCUUCCGCACCAUUUCCAUAGAUAGAGGCCGCACCGGGGACGCGUUUGCACACCUACUACGAUCGUCGCCCACCAUAUCCACUCACAUCCAGGACGUCGAGAUCAAUGGUAGUCAGAGUCAAUCCAACUGGUGGACCACCGACCACCGCAAGGGCAUGUUCCCCUGGCCCACUCUCGGUCCGCCUACCCGUGGACACACAGAGACCGAUCUGACAGAGGCGGAUACCUGGCUCCGACGUAUUCUCCCCGAGGACACACAUCUUCUGGCGAAAGUCAAAUCGCUGCGAAUUUCGGCUUUGCCCUUGGGCGGAACCCUUACCGUCGCUCUGCAACCUCAUUUCGAGAACGUCAAGGUGCUGUCCGUCGACGGAUGCAAGGCCCUUGCGUUCGGCGACUUUAUUACGUUCCUUCGCGCGUUCCCUCAUCUCGAGUCGCUUCAUCUACUCGCUAUACAGUGGCUGCCUGGAAGGAGCCAUCAGAGUGAAGAGUGUGCCAAGUCCCUCCCUCGAAUGCGCUCUCUAGAACUGUCUCACAAAGUGGAUGCGGCACCAUUUGUCUCGUGGUUGAUCGACGAAGAGGCGCACAGCGAGGUCACGUCGCUCAAUUGCUCCGUAUCCGGGCAGAAAUGCGCAUCAGCCAUCAGUCAGCUACUAAAGGCUUUGGGUCCUACGCUGCGACGCUUCGUGGUAGGAUUCCGCGAGACGGGCGAUGGUGCAGACGUCCUGCGAAAGAGCGCGCUGGAACUGACCCAUUCGACCGGAUUGCGUAGCCUCCGUAUCCAAUGCUCUACCGCCAGUUCCACACUACUACAGUCUUCAUACCGACCCUCUCUGUCAUGGAUCGUAAUCUUACUCGCCACCGCGAACUCGUCACUGCUCAAAGAGCUGACGAUCUCUAUCAGCGCAUCUGAUCUGUGCGCACUGAACAUGGAAGGCCUUGACGUCGUACUCUCUCAUGUACGCUAUGGCGGCCUGGAGCGCGUCAUAUUCGAAAUCGACUUCCAGAAACAACCUAUGGACAGGUCUCAAAUCUCGCGGGUUAGCACGCGGAUGGUCGCCGUGUGGAGAAGAGGGCUUCUGCGUUUCGUGGUCGUUGGAACUGAUGCCAAUGGGUUCUGAGUAGGUCUCAGUGGUAACUUGUAGCCUCUUGUAGCCGACCGGAUGGCGCUAACUUCGGCCACAUAGGUACUCUAACCACCCGUUUUACUGCGCCAACUAUCAUUCUAUACGCGUGCCAUUACAUUCACAAAUACUAGCCCCAUCGAAUAGUCCCAAGUUCGUGACUUGCUAUAUGUGAUCGGUCGCUAC